AUGGGGUUAUACAAUGUGGCUGCUACAGAUGUGUUCGUGUGUCCACGAGUACCUGCCAUGGCCAGGAAAAGCAAGAAAUUCCAUAGCCCUGCAGUGGAGAAGUGUUUGCACAUUGCUAAAGAUGCUCGUUAUGAUGCAGAUGACAUAUUGGAUGAGCUUGCUACUGAAACUUUGGGAUGUAAGCUGGAAACUGAAUCUAAGGCUGGCCCAAAUCGGCAUUUGAAAGAUCUUAAUGACCCAAUAAUGUCACAAGUUUUAGUGGAGACAGAGAACAUGCUAGCUCGUGGUAGAAUGGACCUACCUCUUAGUCUAUGCUUUGCAGCUCCUAGGGGAGAUGACUUCUUGUUACAACAGCUUUUGAAACAGGGUCUUGAUCCAAAUGAAUUGGACAGCAAUGGCAGGACAGUUCUGCAUAUAGCAGCCGCCAAAGGAAGUGAGAAUUGUGUGCAUCUAUUACUUGAAUAUGGGGCAGAUCCUAACAAUAGAGACUCAGACGGGAAUGUGCCUCUGUGGGUGGCAAUGCUGGGUGGUCAUGAACCGGUGAUCAACCUGUUACUAGAAAAUGGAGCAAAAUUAUACUCCGGAGACAUUGGUCAAUUUGCAUGCACUGCUGUUGAGCAAAACAACUUGAAGUUGCUCAAGGAAAUAAUUCGUCUAGGGGGAGAUGUUAUGCGUUCUAAGUCCAAUGGAACCACAGCUCUCCAUAUUGCAGUUUGUGAAGGCAAUACUGAAAUAGUAAGAUUUCUUUUGGACAAAGAUGCUGAUAUUGACAAACCAGACUUUUAUGGUUGGACCCCAAGGGCUCUAGCCGAACAACAAGGACAUGAAGACAUUCAACUACUUUUCCAAUCUAGUGGAGAGCCCAAAAAUCAAUCCUUCAUUGCAAUGCCGAGCAGAGAAAUGACAAUCAGUUCCUUGGCAGAUUUAAUAGUGAGCCAACAAUCAGUCCUCUAUCCCGGAACUGCACAUACUGAGGAGAAAGAUUUUCUAUUCCCUGCUAAUCAGAUAAGAAGUGCUAGAGACUCUGGAAGUAAAGCUGCUAGAGUGACCAUCAGUUGUCCAGAAAAAGAACAAGCUAGUGGAAAACUUGUGCUACUUCCAGGGAGUUUUCAAGAGCUACUUGAUAUUGCUGCAAAGAAAUUUGGGAUCCUGCCUUCGAAGGUCCUAAGUAAAGAAGGAGCUGAAAUUGAUGAUAUAGAGGCCAUUAGAGAUGGUGACCAUCUUAUUUUUGUCAGUUAUCUUGGAAUUUAG